GCCCUCGUCUCUCCCCAUAAAACCCUCCUCACCCCUGCCUCCCAACGCCGCCGUCUCCUCCCCUCCUCCCAUUCCGUCCCCCCUGCCCAGAUCCAAUUCUCGACUUCUCCGUCCGCCGCUGCCAUGGCGCUCUCUGUGGAGAAGACCUCGUCUGGGCGGGAGCACAAGGUCAAGGACCUCUCGCAGGCGGACUUCGGCCGCCUGGAGAUCGAGCUGGCCGAGGUCGAGAUGCCCGGUCUCAUGGCGUGCCGCGCCGAGUUUGGCCCGUCCAAGCCCUUCGCCGGCGCUAGGAUCUCUGGGUCGCUCCACAUGACCAUCCAGACUGCCGUCCUCAUCGAGACCCUCACCGCGCUCGGCGCGGAGGUCCGCUGGUGCUCCUGCAACAUCUUCUCCACGCAGGACCACGCCGCCGCCGCCAUCGCGCGUGACUCGGCCGCCGUGUUCGCCUGGAAGGGGGAGACCCUCGAGGAGUACUGGUGGUGCACCGAGCGCUGCCUCGACUGGGGCGAGGGCGGCGGUCCCGACCUCAUCGUCGACGACGGAGGUGACGCAACGCUGCUCAUCCACGAGGGUGUCAAGGCCGAGGAGGAGUACGAGAAGACCGGCAAGAUCCCCGACCCGGAGUCCACAGACAACGCUGAGUUCAAGAUCGUGCUCACCAUCAUCCGCGACGGGCUUAAGGCUGACCCUAAGAAGUACCGCAAGAUGAAGGAGAGGCUUGUCGGCGUCUCUGAGGAGACCACCACCGGAGUCAAGAGGCUCUACCAGAUGCAGGAGACCGGCGCCCUCCUCUUCCCUGCUAUUAACGUCAACGACUCCGUCACCAAGAGCAAGUUUGACAACCUGUAUGGUUGCCGCCACUCCCUCCCUGAUGGUCUGAUGAGGGCCACAGACGUUAUGAUUGCUGGCAAGGUUGCCGUGGUCUGUGGAUACGGUGAUGUUGGCAAGGGCUGUGCUGCUGCACUCAAGCAGGCUGGUGCCCGUGUCAUUGUGACUGAGAUCGACCCCAUCUGUGCCCUCCAGGCUCUGAUGGAGGGUCUUCAGGUCCUUACAUUGGAGGAUGUUGUCUCUGAGGCUGACAUCUUUGUGACCACCACCGGCAACAAGGAUAUCAUCAUGGUUGACCACAUGAGGAAGAUGAAGAACAAUGCCAUUGUCUGCAACAUUGGCCACUUUGACAAUGAAAUUGAUAUGCUUGGUCUCGAGACCUACCCUGGUGUUAAGCGCAUCACCAUCAAGCCCCAGACUGACCGCUGGGUGUUCCCUGAGACCAAAACUGGCAUCAUUGUCCUUGCUGAGGGUCGUUUGAUGAACCUUGGGUGUGCUACUGGCCAUCCUAGCUUUGUAAUGUCCUGCUCAUUCACUAACCAGGUCAUUGCCCAGCUUGAGCUCUGGAAGGAGAAGAGCUCUGGCAAGUAUGAGAAGAAGGUGUAUGUGCUCCCCAAGCACCUUGAUGAGAAGGUUGCUGCUCUCCACUUGGGCAAGCUUGGUGCCAAGCUGACCAAGCUCACCAAAUCCCAGGCUGACUACAUCAGCGUGCCGAUCGAGGGCCCCUACAAGCCUGCCCACUACCGGUACUAGGCAGCCCAGCACGACUUCCAGCUCACUAGGCCGGUUGUGUGAUAUGAAGUUUGCUACACCGGCUGUCAGUUAUCUUUUGCAUGCAUAUGCAUUGUCAUAUACGAGCUGAGGGGGGAUGCGGUGAGGUAAGGGGCUGUUUGCUUCAGCUGAAGAAUAAUGGUGUUAUCGGCUUGGAUGAGGCGAUGUGCGUUGCCAGAUACAGUUUUGUCAUGUUGACUCUACUUAUCUGAUUAUCAUUUGUAAGCGAUUUGCUCAAGUUAUGUGUCAUUUAUGAAUAACUUUGCUUUUCUCAAGAGCAUACUUAGUCUUAUCCUCAA